GGUUCGUAAAUAUCGUGUAUCAGUAAUACGUGUUUUUAUUCCGUCCAGUGUACAAUAAUAUCGCUAUGAGUAAAAAAAUUAAUGAAGAUUUGUUAAAUGAAAGGAAGAAAUGCACGUUCGAUAUGCAAGAAUUGACACAUGUUAUUGAUUGUGGAGAACAAAAUACUAUGAAAAGGAAGUUCAUCGAUGAUUAUAUUUUGAAUAUAAAAGAGCUGUGGGAUGAUGUACCCGAAGAGUACUUGAGCCACAAAGAACGAUAUGAGAAUGCAAUAAGAAAAGCCUUCAUAAUCUUACGUUGUUUACGUGAGUUUAAUUCGAGCAGCAUGCAAGUCUCCGAGCACAGAACCCCUACGAACAUUUACUCUAUUCAAGACGGAAUCUUUCGUAAUGUCAACCCGCUUCUUAUACAUGUCGGGCUGUUUUGGUCUGCCAUUGCCGCUCAGGCCUCCGCAGAUCAGCAGGCCGAGUGGCUUAAGGCAGAUUCCAAGAUGAUUGGCACUUAUGCUCAGACAGAGCUGGGACAUGGAUCACAUCUUAGAGGCAUAGAAACAACCGCAACGUUCGACCCAGAAACUGACGAGUUCGUACUAAACACUCCUAAAUUGACUUCUUACAAAUGGUGGCCAGGCGGUUUGGGCAAAACUGCAAAUUCUUGCUUGGUGAUGGCUCAGCUAUGUAUAAAUGGAACAUGCCAUGGUUUACAUAUAUUCCUAGUGCAGAUAAGAGACUAUGACACUCACGAACCAUUGCCUGGUAUCAAAGUUGGUGAAAUUGGACCCAAAAUGGGUUUUAAUACUGCCGAUAAUGGAUUCCUUGGCUUCGACAAUUGUAGAAUACCAAGGAGCAAUAUGUUGAUGAAAAAUGUACAGGUUCUGAGAGAUGGCACGUACGUAAAACCGAAGCACAACAAGCUCGCGUAUGGCUCAAUGGUGUUAACUCGAGUGAUGCUAAUAACAGACCUGGCGAACCAACUGUCCAGAGCCGCAACCAUAGCUGUCCGCUACUCCGCUGUUAGACAUCAGUCACAGAUCAAAUCCGACGAGCCUGAAUGCCAAAUAUUGGACUAUGUGAGCCAACAGCACAAGUUGUUCAUAUGCCUCGCCUCGAGUCACGCGUUCAGGGUGGUGGGACUAUGGAUGUGGAACACUCACAGGAUGGUCACUGCUGAUAUCCACCAGGGAAAUAUGGAGCAACUUCCUGAGCUCCAUUCCCUCGCUUGCUGUUUGAAAGCCGUCUGUAGUCGAGAUGCUACGAGUUUGGUUGAGCAAUGCAGGCUGGCUUGUGGCGGCCACGGGUACCUGCUGUCCUCCAACCUGCCGCAGAUCUACAACUACACCGCUGCUGCCAUCACCUACGAGGGAGAGUAUACGGUGCUGAUGCUGCAGACAGCAAGGUAUCUAAUGAAGUCUUGGAAAAACGCAUUGGAGCACGAACCUUUGCCAGCGAAUGUUGCGUUCUUAGGUGCCUACAUUAAGAGAAAUUAUGAACAGUGGCAAAGCUCACCGGAAGGUAUCAUCAAUGGCUUCAAAGACAUUGCUGCGGGGAAAAUCAAAACCUCGUACGAUACGCUUCAGCGUCAUCUUAGAAAUGGUCUCGAUCCUGAGGAAGCUUGGAACUUGUCCUCUAUUCAGUUGACCGACGCUAGUGAGGUCUAUACUCGAUCACUAUUAUGUGAGUUAUUUUGGAGGGACACCAAACAAACUUGUAAUACCGUGUCCAUUAAUUUAGCUGUAGUAUUGGAACAGCUAGGUGAAUUGUAUCUGGUGUAUUGGGCUUUAGAGAAACAUGGCGAUUUGUUACUGUAUUCCACAAUAUCAAGAAACGAUAUAGAACUACUUCAGUCGCGAUAUGGAGAAUUGCUUGCGUUGAUCAGGCCAAAUGCAGUCGGGCUUGUGGACGCGUUUGAUAUCAGAGAUGAGGUUUUAUCAUCAACACUGGGUGCUUACGACGGCAGGGUGUAUGAACGAAUGAUGGAGGAAGCCUCCAAGAGUCCGCUUAAUGCUGAAGUUGUGAACGAGAGUUUCCGAAAAUACAUACGGCCUGUGCUAUUAAAAAAUAAAAUGUAAUAAUUUCUUACCCACUACGGAACGGAUCAAAUUGUACUAAACACAUAAAAUGCUGUCCAAAACUAAAUAAAAACAAA